CGUAUCCAGCAGCCUGCGCUGCGAUAUGCGGGCUGAGCCCCCACUAACGGGAUUCUUUAUCUCUGCAAUCCAAGACAGUCGACGGGAAAGGCCUCGCACGCGUCUGGGCCGGAAGAUAUCCUAACAAAAGGAUGCAGUUCGCCGCGUGGAAUCCGAGAUGGUCUUCAUCUCGAUCGUCUCUACGAACGCAUCUUCGUUGUUUGUUCUGGAUGUGGCCUUGUCAGAAAAGCGCUUCUACACCUCGUCUCUGACCAGCCUAACAGCCUUGCUUGAUCGCCGCCAAUCUUAGAUUCCAUCGAGGCGUUCGCCCGCGCUCUUUACUCGCCCCAGUCUCCUGAACGCUUCAGAUCUUCUUUUACAGCUCUCGAGCAUCGGGUAGCCCGUGUGCUAGCCUGCUCUCUUUUACGCAGAGCGCAUGUCUCGGCGGUUGCAGUCUCUGCAUCCGGCUCAGGUAUUUUAUUAAUGCCUUCAUCCUUGCCACAGAACGAUGUUGAGUUGGACGAGUUCUUUAGCUCUUCCCCUAUAGGUUCUUUUUAUAGUUUGAGGACUGUUGAUUCCGACGAUGACCAACGCGAGCAAGAGCCUCUCAUCUCUUCGGAAUCAACCUCCUAUGCCAAUACACCACGAACGAGGAGCCCCCGACCCCAUUAUCGAACUACUGGUCCAUCAUCUCAUCCAGAUGCAUUCUACAAGCCAAACAGCGGUCAGAAGCAUACUGGUUUUGACGCCAUCCUAGAGAGGUUCCGAAACUCCAAGGUCGUAAAUUUCAUCGACAACUUCGCCGUCGAGAAUGAACCCGGUCUCAAUAGCACCCAGUUGAUGUUGACUAACCUCGACCUGAGACCUGUCGAACCAGAGCGUCGACAAUGGGGCGCUUGGAACUACGUGGGUUUUUGGAUCGCCGAUAGUUUCAACAUAAACACGUGGAUGAUCUCGUCUGCCAUGAUAACAGAGUACGGUUUGUCAUGGUGGCAGUCUUGGGUUUGUGUUUGGAUUGGCUAUACCAUUUCAGCCUGCUUUAUCUGUGUGAUGGGUCGAAUUGGCGCUAUCUAUCACAUUGGGUACCCGGUCGUUGCACGCGCCUCCUUCGGUAUCUGGGGCUCGCUAUGGCCAGUCUUCAAUCGCGCUGCGAUGGCCUGCGUCUGGUACGGCGUUCAAGCUUGGCUGGGCGGUCAUUGCAUCAAGAUCAUGAUCUCCUCUGUCUGGAAGAACUACGAGACCGUGUCGAACACGAACGGAGACCCACCUACCAGGGAGUUCAUGGCCUUCUUUCUGUUUUGGCUUCUUUCCCUCCCCGCUCUCUGGUUUCCUGUUCACAAGAUUCGUCAUCUUUUCACAAUCAAGGCCUACUUUGUUCCCCUGGCAGGCCUUGCGUACUUCGCAUGGGCCAUAUCCAAAGCCGGCGGCCUUGGACCAGUCGUGCACCAAGGUAGCUCCGCAAAGGGUAGCGACCUCGCUUGGGGUAUCGUCAAGGGUAUUAUGAGCGGCAUUGCCAACUUCGCCACACUCAUUGUGAACAACCCAGACUUUUCUCGUUUCGCACGCAAGCCAAGAGACGCGUUCUGGUCCCAGCUCGUCAUCAUACCUGUCGGCUUCGCGUUCACAAGUUUUAUCGGAAUCAUCGUGUCUUCGAGCUCCGCUGUCAUAUAUGGCGAAGCUAUCUGGAACCCUCUCGAUUUGCUGGAGAGAUUUCUAAAUGGCGCCAGCUCGGGCGAGCGCUUUGGCAUCUUUGCGAUUGCCUCAGCGUUUGCUCUCGCUCAGCUAGGAACCAACAUUGCCGCAAAUUCCGUCUCAGCCGGGACAGAUAUGACCGCUUUGAUGCCGCGCUAUCUUAACAUCCGUCGAGGCAGCUACAUAUGCGCCAUCAUAGGUAUCAUUAUCUGUCCAUGGAACUUGCUCAAAUCCAGCAACAAGUUCACAACAUAUCUAUCCGCAUACUCCGUGUUCCUUUCGUCCGUUGCGGGCGUCAUUUUUUGUGAUUACUAUUCAGUUCGCAAGGGCUACCUACAGGUCAAAGAUUUGUAUUCGGAUCGCAAAGUUGGCCCAUAUUUCUACACACUCGGUUGUAAUUGGCGCGGUUAUCUUGCUUACAUUUUUGGCGUUCUCAUCAACAUCAUAGGCUUCGCCGGCGCGGUUGGUGCCACGGUCCCGGCGAGUGCAACCUACAUCUACAACUUCAACUACUUUACCGGGUUCCUCGUUGCGGCCGGCUCCUACUGGUUGAUCUGCAGAAUCUCGCCUAUAGAUGCACUCUCUCCCACAGGACAGUGGUUUGAAAUUGGCGAUGACUCCGUGAAUGCAUGCAUGGCUUACGAUGAAGAGAGCUCCAUAGACGUGGACGGAAUGACGGAGUCAGACAACACCCUGUUUGGGAAAGCAGACGAAAGCUCGAAAGCGAUAGAUGUGAAAGGAGUGUUUGACGUGGUACAAGCUGGUUGGAGAUCUAUUGAGUGGAAUAGGCCGCUGAUUGUUCUCCACGGUGGUCCUGGAAUAGGGCACAAGUACCUCCUCAGCCUGACGGAUUUGACCACGGACUUCGGCAUUCCCGUGAUAUUUUACGAUCAGAUCGGCUGCGGAAAUUCAACCCACCUGAGGGAGAAGAAUGGGGACUCCGGCUUCUGGUCCGUCCAGCUGUUUGUAGACGAGUUCCACAACUUGGUCGACCACCUUGGGCUAGCCAGCUACGACGUGCAGCCGAAGAACCUCAACAAGCUGAUCAUUGGGAACGCGCCCGCCAGUGUACGGGACUGGCUUGAGGGUGUCGUCACGCUCAAGAAUCGGCUUCCGCAGGACAUCCAAGACGUCUUGGACGGCUGCGAGAAGAAGCAGGACUACGAAAGUCCGGCCUACAAGGAGGAGUGCACGUAUUUCUACAAGCUGCACGUGUGCAGAUGCGAGCCGUGGCCAAGGGACCUUCUAGACGCGUUCGAAAAUCUGCGCGCCGAUCAGACGGUGUUUAGGGCGAUGAACGGGCCGAGCGAUCUAACCGUCAAGGGGAGUCUAAAGGACUAG